AUGUCAGAUUAUCUUCCUCAGGAAGUGAUAUCUGAAAUCUUUCUUAGACUACCCGUUAAGUCUUUGGUCAUAUUCACCUCGGUCUGCAAGUCAUGGGGGUCUAUUAUUAAGAGUUUGAGCUUUAUUCAAGCCCACCUGAGCCACAGAAUCAGCUUCAAUGACCUCCAUGACACUCACCUCCUACUACUCCACGGGGUUUCCUUAAUUAGUUAUCGCAGCGACUUUGGCUUGGAGGAUUCCUUCUAUGGGCUGAAAAGAGAGGUUUACUCUUUGCAUUAUGAUAACCUUGCUUUUACUGAGUACUGCAAGAUAGCAUUUCAUCAUAUUCCAAUUGCUGAUAGGAAAAUGAGUAAUGAGUGUUUCCGUGUGGUCGGCAUUUGUAAUGGGCUGAUAUUCCUUGCAGAUGAUAUAUCGCAUUCUGGUUACAAGUUCAUUAUAUGGAAUCCGGUUAUAAGAAAGUUGGUAACCCUUCCUAAGCCUGGCCUUACAUUCGAGACUCAUGGUAGAUAUAAUGCUUGUCAUGGGUUUGCAUUUGAUGCUAGUACCAAUGACUAUAAGGCUGUGAGGCUUUCCAAAUUUGGGUUUGUGGGGGAUACUGCGAAUCAAACAUAUGUGGAGGUUUAUUCAUUAGCUUCAGGCUCAUGGAGUGAACCAAAGUUGGUUGAUAUUGAUCCUCUUUGUGCUAUAAAUAGAUGCUCACCCCAGGCUUUUGUUAAUCCCCUUCAUUGGGAUGCACGCAGUUUGAGUUUGACAAGUAUCUCAUAUCGCUGUUUUAUACUGGCAUUUGAUGUAAGCCCUGAUAGAAAAUCCCUUGCUAUGUUCAUCACAAAUCCUAAUGUAGAAGAAGAUUUGCAUCUUGAUAUAUGGGAGAUGAAAGAGUAUGCUGUGCAGGAGUCUUGGACCAAAUUAAUUACUCUCCGUCCACAAGGUCCAUUGCAGAGUGGUGAUGUAGCGUUGGUUUGUCUUUGUAGUGCGGUAUCAACAAUCUUUUGCUUGAACAGCUGGUGGAUGUUGGAUGGACCCUUCUAA